UUGUCUCUUUUUAGGCUAGAGAUGGGGUUUACCCGUCCCCUCGCUCUCCAGUUAUCAAGAAGUUUGCGAGAGUUUUGUCAUCAAACCUACCUCGCGGAUGUCAACUGCAGUUUUGCGCGACAAAAUCUUCUUGGUUAUCGCCCGGUUAGAUGUGCCUCUCAGACGACCCAGGUCUCUAGUAAACCUAAUUAUAAUGUUGGGACCAUUGGACACAUUGAUCAUGGAAAAACCACCCUUACAGCAGCUAUCACGCAAGUUCUUGCUAAACAAGGUCUCGCCAAACCGGUCAAAUUCGACGAGAUCGACAAGGCUAAGGAGGAGAAGAAGCGAGGAAUAACGAUAAACAUAGCACAUAUCGGUUACGAAAGCAAAAAUAGGCGAUAUUCACACACUGACUGUCCUGGACAUUCAGAUUUCAUCAAGAAUAUGAUCUGUGGCACGGCUCAGAUGGAUGCAGCUGUAUUAGUUAUCGCAGCAACUGAUGGAGUUAUGGCGCAGACAAAGGAACACCUCAUCCUGGCUCGCCAGCUUGGCUUGAAACAUAUAAUAGUCUUCAUAAAUAAGUCGGAUGCAGUAGAGGAGGAUGUGCUUGAUCUUGUUGAAAUCGAAUCACGAGAACUACUGUCUGCCCAUGGAUUUGAUGGUGACAAUGCACCAGUUAUCCGAGGCUCAGCCUUGAAUGCUUUGGAAGGGAAAGAUACCUCAAGCAUACUUGAGUUGCUCAAAGCGCUAGAUGCUCUUCCGGAACCACAGCGGAACGAGAAUGAAGCACUGAUAAUGCCCGUGUCUUCAAAAACUGCGAUAACUGGACGAGGCACCGUUGUUGUUGGUACUAUUGAGCAGGGAACAUUGAAGAAAGGCGACAAGGUGGAGAUUAAAGGUGAUGACAGAGAAGUCAUCACUGUAGCAUCUGAUAUACAGGUCUUUGGCAAAAGUGUGAAAGAGGUCAAAGCAGGCGAUCAUUGCGGCAUACUCUGCAGGGGAGUGAAGGCUGAUCAGGUGACGAGAGGGAUGUGGAUGGGAAACAUCGGUGCCGUGAAUGUUACAAAUCACAUAAAAGCGGAGCUUUAUCUCCUCAGUCAAGAAGAAAAUGGUCGGAGGGUUGGUAUACGCUCGGGCUUCACGGACAAGAUGUUCUGUAGUACAUGGGAUCAGGUGGCUCGAUUCGAAAUAGCACAAGAACUCUUGAUGCCGGGAGAGCAUUCACCAACGACAGUAACGCUUUUGCACAAUAUGCCUUUCAAAGUGGGGAUCCCAUUUACACUGAGAGAUGGUGGUACAAAGCAAACUAUUGCUAGAGGAAUUGUUUCCGAACUUUUACAACCUGUAACAGUAGAAAAAUAUAAUUUGAAAAAGGCUGCUCAUCAUGAUAACUGAUUAGCAGCCAUAUUCGCAAUUUUACUGAUGUAAUUAUUGUUAGACUUAUUAGAUUCUAUAGAGUAU